AAAAAGAUAUUAUAAAUGGCAAAUACUAAUAUAACUUUGGUUAUCAUGAUCAUCACAUCUGCUGCUACAGUUUUUGCACAAUUUACAGUAUCGCGCAGAUUUUAUAAUUUUUCUGUAGAAAGUCCAGUACACGACAGUUGGGUUUUGGAUACAGUGGACGAAGGAUUACUGGUAAGUUGCCUUCGCAAUUGUCAGAAGAAUGAAAAGUGUAAUGGCUUGGCUGUUAACGAAAUCACAGAAAGUUCUGAGAACUAUACAAGAACCUGCCAUAUAUUGUCGGAUUUAGAUCUUAGUCAGUGUGAUGACGGAGAAUGUGGUGACGAUGUAUUUCAAAUAUUUCAGUUACAAGAGGAACCAGGCACUAUGCUUCCUUCAGAUAUUUCAAACUGAAAAUAUUAAAGUGGGGAAAAAAAAGGCUACUGGAAUUGAAGUUAUUUUGAAAAGCA